UGUUAUAUAUACAUGUUUAUUGUCACUGCCGAGCUAGUUGUGAUUUGGACGUUGACUGAGUGACCAUGGCACCGCAAAUUAAAUAUACUAAGUUAUUCAUCGACAACGAAUGGGUGGACUCCGUAAGCGGUAAAACCUUCGAGACCAUCUCCCCUGGCGAUGGAUUUGUCAUUACAUCAGUCGCUGAAGGAGAUAAGGCUGACGUAGACCUUGCAGUAGCGGCUGCCCGACGUGCUUUCCACCGCAACUCGGAAUGGCGCUUAAUGGACGCCUCCCAACGCGGAGAGCUCCUGCGCAAGUUUGCCGACCUCGUCGAGAGAGACUAUAAGUACAUUGCUGAGCUGGAAUCUUACGACAACGGCUUAGUGCUGGGGAAAGCGCUCGCUUUCAUCCAAGGUGCCGUUAAGAGUAUCAAGUACUUUGCCAGUUUAGCUGACAAGAUUCAAGGCACCACAAUCCCCAGUGACGGCGAUGUAUUUUCUUACACCUUAAGACAACCCGUAGGAGUGUGUGCUCUUAUCUUGCCAUGGAAUGUGCCUGUUUUGAUGUACGUGAACAAAAUCUGCUCCGCACUUGCUGCAGGUUGUACUGCUGUAGUUAAGCCUGCUGAACAGACUCCACUGACAGCCUUGUACCUGACGGCUUUGCUGGCUGAAGCUGGUCUCCCUAAGGGAGUAGUCAACGUCAUCAAUGGAUACGGCGAGACCGCUGGAGUCGCUCUCACUCACCACCCUCAUGUUGCCAAGAUUUCUUUCACUGGAUCACUCGAGGUCGGCAAGUUGAUUCAGCAAGCUGCUGGAGCCAACAACCUCAAACGUGUCACUCUUGAGUUAGGAGGCAAAAGUCCUCUUGUCAUCAUGGACGAUGCCGACUUGUCGCUGGCUGUCCCAUACGCAGCUAAUGGUGUCUUCUUACAUCAAGGACAGAUUUGCGUAGCAGCGUCUCGUUUGUUCGUUCAGUCUACGAUCUACGACAAGUUUGUUGAAGCUGCUAUUCAGUAUGCUAAGAACAUCAAGAUCGGUAGCCCUUCUGAUCCCAAAACUGAGCACGGCCCACAGGUCGACGAGUUGAUGAUGAAGAAAGUACUCAACUACAUUGAAACAGGAAAGAAAGAAGGAGCCAAGUUGGUCCUUGGAGGCAAGCGCGUCGGAGCCAAGGGUUAUUACAUCGAACCCACUAUUUUCACGAACGUCACUGACGACAUGACUAUCGCCAAGGAAGAGAUUUUCGGGCCUGUUCAGAGCAUUCUGAAGUUCGACACAUUAGAGGAAGUGAUUGACCGAGCAAACGAAACUAACUUCGGACUCGCCUCCGGAAUCUUCACUUCUAACCUUAACAACGCUCUGCAAUAUAGCAAGCAUGUUGAAUCUGGAGUCGUUUGGGUUAACUUGUACUUAGGUGGAGGUGUGCAGACACCAUUCGGAGGCUACAAGGAGUCAGGAAUUGGCCGCGAGAAUGGCAUCAACUCCUUGGACCCCUACCUAGAAGUUAAGACUGUGACCAUCGCUCAAUCAAAGAAAUUCUAAUUUUAUACAAACGUUAAUACAAUAAAAGCAUGCUAAUACGCUA